AUGGAUCUCUUACCUGCACCACAGGACAUUAUCAUGCCCGGGAAACCAGCACUCCGCGCUCUGGUCUAUCGAACAUCUACACCAGACAAGCUCAUCGAUCAUACAAUCGAGAACCAUAUCGCCAAACUAGGCACGUCAUCAGUCGCUGGUGGUGAUGAGUCCUUCUUCGUCGCAGACCUCGGCCAGGUGUCGCGGCAACAUCAUCGCUGGACACAUAACCUGCCCGGUGUUCGGCCAUUUUAUGCGGUCAAAUGCAACUCGGAUCCAAUCCUUCUCCAACGUCUCGCUGAUCUAGGCACAGGCUUCGACUGCGCCUCGAUCGAAGAAAUGCGCGCCGUGCUAGAUCUUGGGAUUGACCCUGCACGUAUCCUAUUUGCCCACCCGUGCAAGGCACCGGCGGCAUUGGUGUUCGCUCGACAGGUUGGCGUAUGCCGUACCGUUUUUGACAACCUUGAUGAGCUGGAUUCCAUCAAGACCCACAUGCCGCACGCCCAGCUUCUGCUGCGCAUCUAUGCCAAUGAUGACAGCGCGCUUAUAUGCCUGGGUGAGAAGUUCGGGGCUCCCUUGGACGCCACACAGGCUCUACUUUCAAGAGCAUGGGAACUUGGACUAAACGUAGUUGGGGUCAGCUUCCACGUGGGAACUGGAUCAACUAAUCCGGCAUCUUUUUGCAAAGCAAUCACGCACGCACGCAUGGUAUUCUCGCAGGCCCAGCAACUCGGAUUCCGCCCCAGCAUACUCGACAUUGGUGGUGGGUUCCAGGAUAGCCAUUUCGAAGAGACAGCCGCUCGGCUGCGCGAAUCGGUCCGCACAGAAUUCCCAUCUGGUGUAACCACCAUCGCUGAGCCAGGACGCUUUUAUGCUCGAAGUGCCUAUACCCUGGUAUGUAGGGUGAUUUCGCGCAGACGCCAGAUAGGCAGCGCAGCCGCGACAGGUGUGCCGGAUAUGCUGUAUCAAAAUGAUGGUGUCUAUGGGAAUUUCAUGAAUGUAAUCAUGGAGAAAGAGGUGAUGAUACCAUAUUUAGUUCGAGACGGAAAACACAAGCGUCCUACUUUAUCUACGAAGAUAUCAUCGAAGAAGGAAGAUGCACAAUCAACGGCCAAGACUAGACGAGAACAUAGGUAUUCGAUUUGGGGCCCAACAUGUGAUAGCGUGGACUGUGUUGUUCGCGAGGCGGUGCUGGAUGCAGAGGUCCUUGUUGGCGAUUGGCUCAUGUAUAAGAAUAUGGGAGCAUAUACUAGCACCACCGCAACACAGUUCAAUGGGUUCACUAGCACCCAUGAUACCCUCUAUGUGAACAGCGAAGCCAUUUCAGACGUUUGA